GAUCUAGCACAGUUCGUCAACGUAAAUUGAACAAAGCCACGGAACUGUGGGUACACCAAGCUAUUGCGAUAAAUUUGCUUCUGUCAGAUCAAAUUCUUCAAGAGAAGGGUCUCGAAUUUGCUGAGAGUUGUAAUAUUAAAGAUGACGAUAUUCGAUGCUCGAACGGAUGGGUAUAUAAAUUUAAAAAACGGAUUGGUGUUCACCAAAUUACACUUCAUGGAGAGGCAAACAGUGCGUCACUUACAGGCAUAGCAGAGGAGAGAUUGAGGUUGCAAGAGGUCUUAGCUGAAUAUAUUUAUAACGUUGAUGAGACGGGUUUAUUCUACCGUAUGGAACCACCAGUAGCAUGGCAGGUCGAAAAAAGGACAAAUUCCGUUUAUCAGUUCUAUUAUGUUGCAAUGCUACUGGAACUCAUAAGCUUCAACCUCUUGUUGUGGGAAG